CUAUCUCGAGUGUGUGCACUGUGGCGUCGUCAAAGCAGAAGUUAGUAGUGCCAGCGAAGAGAAGAUAUGAUCAAGUUCGUGCUCAUGGUGAACAAGCAAGGCCAGACGCGACUAGCGCAGUACUACGACUUCCUUCCCAUUGCGGAACGCGUGGCGCUCGAAGCAGAGAUCAUCCGCAAGUGCUUGGGUCGCAACGAAAACCAAUGCUCGUUCGUCGAGUACCGCGGGUACAAGGUCAUCUACCGCCGAUACGCGUCGCUAUUUUUCAUCGUGGGGGUGAACAACGACGACUCGGACAACGAGCUGGGUGUCCUCGAGUUCAUCCAUGCGCUGGUCGAGACCAUGGACAAGUACUUUGAAAGCGUGUGCGAGUUGGAUAUCAUGUUCAACUUGGAAAAGGCGCACUUUAUCCUGGACGAGAUGAUCAUGAACGGACAGAUCGUCGAGACGAACAAGCUGUCGAUCCUCAAGCCCAUCCAUCUCAUGGAGAAGUCGUCGUGAGUUCCCCGAGAGCCCAUUCCAAAGCACAUCGUAAUCCAAUAUCGUCAUGUGUGCGUGAUAAAUAUUAUCGUCAUGUCAAGAAGGGGGAACGAACUACUC